AGUAUGAUUGUUAUUUUAGCGACUGUUAUCACAAGAAAUCAAUGACUCACGCGUUAACACAUUAAAGUCACAGUCACAAGUCACGAGGAAGAUCGACUCACAACAUAUUGACAGAUGUUAAUAAUUGUUGAACAAAACUUGGCGAUUUGAUGGUUUCUGCUGCAGAGUGAAUACACAAAGAACCGCUGAGAAGCUAAAGGAUACUCGACCAAUGUUACAACAGCAAUUGGACUGACCAAUGAACAAAACCUGAGGAGGAGUGCAAAUUAUGGGGAUGAAAAGACUCCCAUGGUAGCAGUUGGGUUGUGUAAUUCUAUGUUCUAUGUGCAAUGUCUCAUUGAGAACACCUAAAAAAUGGCUGGAAGUCGACCAAUGCUUCUCAAAGUUGUCAUCCUGGGGGAUGGAGGUGUCGGUAAAAGCUCUCUCAUGAAUCGCUUCGUGAGUAACAAAUUUGAGCAGGAAUCAUUUCACACCAUUGGGGUGGAGUUCCUGAACAAAGACAUCGUUGUAGAAGGGGAGACCUUCACUGUCCAGAUAUGGGACACUGCGGGUCAGGAGCGCUUCAAGAGCCUGAGGACACCGUUCUACAGGGGUUCUGACUGUUGCAUGCUGACCUAUGGAGUGGACGACAGGCAGAGCUUUCACAACUUGACCAUGUGGAAGAAGGAGUUCUUGUACUAUGCGGACAUUGCAGACGGAGAAAACUUUCCAUUCGUUCUCCUCGGCAACAAAGUCGAUGUGGAGUCUGACAAGCGGCAGGUCGGGGUCGAUGAAGCAAAGCAGUGGUGUGCGGACAAUGGCAAUGUGCCUUAUUACGAGACUAGCGCCAAGACAGCAGUCAAUGUGGAAGAGGCAUUCAUUGCAGCAGUCAGGAGGGUGGUGGAGCUUGACCGUAAAAAUGAUGUCAAGGAUGAUGUCAAUCCUAUCAACUUGAAUCAGAAGCCUAGCACGGUUCACAAGAAGUCAGAUUGUUGUUAAAAGAUUAUGUUGAGAGUUCUUAAAAGAACCAUGUGUAAAUGUAAACAGAGUGUAUCCAGGUAUAUAAUGCAUAUUCUUUAUUUCCCCAGGUUAGAUGUACAGAUAUUUUCUUUGUUUUUGUUCUUCUGUAAUCUUGCGCUGGUAUAUUCUUUUCAAGAAAGUGCGUCAUUCAAAGAUAUGUUGGCCAUGGUUCAACCAUGUGCCACAGGCAAGAAAAAGUUGAAAUGUUGCUUUGAAUCAACAAAAAUUAAUUACUUUGUAAUUUGCUCAAUGAUAUAUGCAGAGCAUCGGUGUAAUAGUCUGCAUACAUGAAAGAUAAAGACCAUUUAUGGUCAUGCGAUUGCAUUGUGAAAGAAACGUUGUGGAAUUGAUCAGAAAAGGUUGAUCAUCUAGCAUAUAAGUAUGAGUGUGUACUGCAAGGUUCUG